CUGUUAGUUGUCAAAGCGGUUGCCAAGUUGGUGCAGUGAAAACGUGAAAAGACCGUAUACAAAAUAUUCGCGGGUACAUAUUUAAACUACAAAACCGACAUUUUCUUUUCAUUUUAUUUAGUCGUCUUCGUCUAGCUGAGUGUAAAGAGUGCUUAACGAAUUGAAACUAAGCUAUAAGUUUCUAAAAUGAUUGAUUUAUUUAUGCCCUUUCGGGCAUUUUUGAAGUUUGAAAAUGUUUGUACGGACAACAAUGCAUUCCGUAUGCACUACAAGGUGACUGUGAUAAUGUUACUUGUAUUUACCUUGUUGGUAACUUCGAAGCAGUUCUUUGGUGAGCCGAUCCACUGCAUGAGUGACUCUGAGAAAGACAGCGAUAAAGAUGCCAUCAACAGCUACUGUUGGAUCUACGGGACUUACACGCUGAAAAGCCGGUUUGUAGGUGUAGAAGGUUUGAACAUGGCUUACCCAGGCGUGGGUCCCAACAAGGCCGACAACGACGAGCAGAUCAAGCACACGUACUACCAGUGGGUGUGCUUCGUGCUGCUCGGCCAGUCCGUCAUGUUCUACACGCCGAGAUACAUGUGGAAGAUCUGGGAAGGAGGCCGACUCAAGGCAUUGGCUGCUGAUCUAAGUAGCCCUGUGGUGACGAAGGACUGGUCCGAGUUCCGGCGUGGAGAACUCAUCUCAUACCUCAGCUACACGAACAUCCAUACUCAUAACAUGUAUGCGCUGCGGUACGCCUUCUGCGAGAUACUCAACCUUGUCAAUGUGGUUGGUCAAAUAUUUCUGCUGGAUAUAUUUCUGGGCGGCGCGUUCCGCAACUAUGGCGCCGCAGUGGCAGCGUUCACACACACGCCGCGCGUCCCUGCUGACAUGAUCGACUUCGCGGCCGUCAACCCCAUGGACCAGUUCUUCCCCAAGCUCACCAAGUGCUGGCUCCGCAACUACGGACCCUCAGGCAGCUUGCAGGUCAAGGAUCGUCUGUGCGUGCUACCCCUUAACAUUGUAAACGAAAAGAUCUUCGUUAUUCUCUGGUUCUGGCUGAUCAUUUUAGCUUUUGUUUCCACUUUAGCCGUUUUGUUCCGUGUGUUGGUUCUUUCGCUGCGACCUCUCCGCUCACUGAUGAUAGCUGGCCAGCUAAGAUACGUUAAAAAGAACGUUAUAUCACGCAUUGUCAAACGUUUCGGUUUCGGCGACUGGUUCAUAUUGUACUUGCUGGGUAAGAACAUGAAUCCGAUCAUUUAUAAGGACUUGAUAGUCGAACUUUCCAAAGAGUUGGAACACAAAACUGUUAUGGUAUAAAAAUAAUUUACGUGUUUAUCGUUGUGAGAUUGCUAAUGGGUGGACCAAAAUAGUAUCAUUAAUAGUGAAGAAAAUAAGACCAGAUUUUUCAGCCUCAGAGACUGAAUUGUCAUGUAGAUGACAUUCUUCUCUAUCUAGUCUUAUAUAAAUAUACCGUACCAGUUGAAGAUGCAGGCAGUAUUUAUUACUUCAUGCAUUGGCAAUCUCCUUAACCUAAAUAAUAAUUAAUCAUAAAUUUUAAUACCUAAUGCUCAAACCAUACUUAAGUGUUUCUAAGUACUCUUAAUAAAUUGAUUGGUAAGGAACAAGUGCCUUCAUAAAAUUACUAAAAAUAUUUGAAUUAUCUAUUUCAAUAUUCUUUAUGUGUGUUUGUAUUUCAUUCAUGAUUAUUAUUGUGGAUAACUUUCCAAGCGAAAGCUAUUGUUUUGUUUUAGUUAUAAUUUGAAGUUGGUCUCAAAAGUUUAAGUUCUUAUUCUUUUAAAUGUUUAUUUUGCAUAUUAUAAGUUUAACUUAUAGUACGGUAUUGUUUCUUUAUUAUUGUAAUUAAUUGAGAUUGUUACUUAAGUCAUAAUAUAAUAUCUUACAGGGUAUUAAUUGAUAAUAGGAUUACCAUAAAAUAUGCUCUGCUAACUACAAGUAGUUAAAAUCCCUUUGUUACUUAGUCUCAUUAAAAGUGUAAGAUAGUUAAUAAAAUUUAUAAAACAUUA